GUUGCCGAUGAUGUCCUUAGUGGUACAGCAUAUAAUAGUCUCGUUGUAGGUAAUAUCAUCCCUUUUAUCAAACUUCUCAAGACCACCUUAUUAGCAAGAUCACGGAUGUCAUUGUCUUCAGCCAAUGAAGCAGUGCUUCAAGCUAUUGUCGAGAUUCUUCUCCCAUCAAGGCAUAGAGUGCCGGAGCUUUAUGUUGAAAAUCAAGUAGGAGUUCUUGGUGCUAACGAGUUAGAAAAGUUAGAUAAGUUCUUUAAGACAGAAUAUGAAGAGUCUUUACUGAAUAGACGAUACAUAUAUUGGUCAACGAAUUUUAGAAAAACGGUACAGACAACCAUACGUGAAAUAAUAAAUGAUGGAUUAGAACAGUUAAGGUCAUAUAUGAGUACGAUAGCAAAGGGUCAUGCGGUUGGAUAUUCUACUUCGGGAGUAUUCGAUGAACGAAUUAAGAUAAUCAAAUCAGGUCCUAAUAAACUAGAAGGAUUCAUCAUCAUGGUUGUUGGAUUCCGUCAUAUCUUAUGGAGACCCAUCGAAGAAAUGAUAUCCGACUAUAAAUAUAUUAAUGUUUAA